CUUGCUCUUCGCACUGAAUCAGCUGCAGUAGUCAAAACCGGGGAUAACAGACCCGCUCGAGCAUCGAUUCUCGAUCCAGACAACUCGCAGUACGAUGCGUGCCGCUCCGACCGUCCUGCUCUUCGUCGCUCAUGCUGCAUCAGCGCUGCAGCCGGUCUCUGUGCAGCGCCGGGCGCUGCUAGGUGGCGCGGCUGCCGCAUUAGUCGCCACAUCAAAAGAACAUGCCAACGCCGCCGGCCUUGAACAAUUCAAAACUCUGGUCGACGAGCUCGGCGCGCUGAACAAGGCCGCGCAGGCCGGCACCGCGAGCACCAAGGCCCUCCAGAAGGGCUACGUCGCGACGGUCGUGCCGCUCGAGAACGCCGCGCGGAAGAACCCGUCGCGAGCCGCGCCAGGAAGCAACCUCGGCGGUUGAGAGACCGCACAACGUCCACGCCAUCGAGCGGAUGAUGACGCCUCGACGCACAGGUACAACGCCGAGUACGAGUACGGCGAGCUCAUCGCCCAGAAGAUUUCUGCAGACGCGGCCAAGCUGAAGGCCGCGGGCACGCCGGAGGACGCGGCACCGCUCCUCCAGAAGCUCGUCGAGUCGACGGACGCGUACUGCCAGACGUUGAAUUGUGGGAACCUACUAAU